GUACUUGAUCGGAUGACCACAGUGCACUAAGAAAUUGCUUGGCUAUAGUUUCAUUAAUAGUAAUCAACUUUUGAGCCUUUAAUUUAAUUAUCAAUAAGUAUGUGAGUAACGUAAUCGAAAUUUCUGGAAAAUCGAUAAUGUAACUUUGGAAAACGAAAAUUGCAUUUCGUUUUACUUAUUUUAAGUGUUUGGCAAGUGCAUUGAUAAUGAUCAUGCGGAAAAAUGAAUCAGUUUCUUUAUUUUUAUCAGAAUAACAUUUUUUUACUGUUAUUUUCUUAUCGACCGUGUAUAUUGUUAUUUUCCAAUCAAGUAACCACAGAGUUCAUUGAAAAUUGCAUAUGAGGAACUACUUGAUUACAUUGUUGCUCGACAAUAAUUCGUACUAAUAGACAUUGUGUUCUUUUUCAAAAUUCAUCAGUUCAUUCUUAAACAAAAAAAUGGCGUUAUUGUUUCGCGUGUUUUCGAUUCUCCCUUUGCUCUACUCAGUAACAUCGCUGGAAUUAGAAAAUUUGUCAAUAGCAAACGCAACCGAUUAUCCCAUUUACUUUCCCGAGGAAAAGAGCCAUAUCCUGGAAAUUCAAACUGACACGAAACAGUAUUUUUCCAAAAAAGAAAGAGCGGUGCUCUCGUUCAAAAACAAGAAUUCAAAUAUAUCGAAAACCAUCAGUAACAACGAUUUGUACGACGCAAUCGAUUUAGAUAAAUUAUUAGAAAUUUGGGAUCCAAAAUCGAUCGAGACCAUUUCGCCAAACAAAUGGGAGAGUCUGGAAAUAUCGGAAAAGUGCCGAGCGGAAGUAUCGCUCUACGCGAGAAGUGCAUCGCGCGGUGAGAAUUGGGCUUUGAAAAUGAUCGAUGCUAGCGGUAAGCACACGUGGGGAUUAUUUUUGGGAAGUGAAUACUGGGUCGGGGCACCGGAUUUGUGUCGUGAAAUGCAACAGGGUUAUUUGGAUUUGAUUUCCAACAAUUUUAUGAAUAACAAUGAUACCAUGGAUUUACCACCAUACGAGGUCAAUGUGAAUUCCGUUAGUUUGACUUUGACCAUUCAAAAAUAUGGGAUCAAUGGCACUCACAAUAUCACGCUUGGUCUAUGCUUACCGUCCAGUUGUACUGUGCAGGAUGUUAUGAGAAUUUUGAUGAUCUUCGAUAAGGAAAAUGCCAAUCAAAUUCCUCGAAAAAUUACUUUCAAUCACGUUCGUAAUCUCUCGCAGGGAUAUUCAGUUUGGAAUGAUAAGACAUUUUAUAUUUUAUUAGUUGUGUCUGCUUUCGUUAUACUUUUUGUCAUUUUUGGAACCUUAUACGACAUCACUUUGAGGUAUCGAGUUUUAAGGGCCGACGAAGAGAGAAAGAGGAAUAAUACUGUUUUAACGGAAUUGAAAAUUUUACGGCCAGGUGUUGAUUUCAAAGAAGAAAUUACUAUUUCGAAAUUGUGGUCGGUAAAGACUCAUAAUGGUUCUUUAAAUGUAUGCAAUUCAAAGGACGUACCUAAACCAUUGUCAGAAGCAUUACUGUCAUUCAGCCUGUUGCUCAAUCUGUCAAAACUUGGCAGUCUGGAUGUUGGCAACGACACAUUGGCACCGAUACACGGAUUACGCUUCGUCUCAUUAUUGUGGGUUAUUAUGGUACAUACUUGCCUAUUAGCAAAUGAGGUCUCGGACAACAAAGUGUUCAGACGCAGAGCCGAGGAUGACUUUCUUUACCAGACAAUCAGCAAUGGCACCUACGCAGUGGAUACGUUUUUCUUUAUGAGUGGAUGUCUAGUUUCCUUCCUGUACUUUCGCACGAUAGCCAAGCAGAGAAUCCGCGAGAUGAAAAUAACACAGGGCUGUCUAGGGCAAUUUCUACAAUUUCUUGGAAUGAUGUGGUAUAGAUAUUUCCGCUUAACACCACCAUAUCUUCUUGUUAUUGGAUUGAUACAAGUUUCCAUGAAAUGGUAUCACGAUCAUUCGAUGAUCGAACUGCCUGCCUUGGAUCACGUGACAUGUGAAAAAUAUUGGUGGCGAAAUGCCUUGUAUAUCAAUACCUAUUUCGAUAUGGAUGACAGAUGUAUGGUUUGGAGUUGGUAUUUGGCGAAUGACACGCAAUUCUAUACCGUGGGAAUAAUUUUAUUGAUAAUUGCAGCAAACCUUCUGCCAGUGGGAGCUGUUAUUGCUGGCGUAUUUUUAAUUGUCUCCUGGAUCGUAACAGCCCUCGUUACUUUACAUGCAAAACACACACCGACCAUUCAAGACCCCUUUGCUCAUUACGAGAGUCUAUACGAUAAGCCUUGGACUCGAAUAGGACCAUACUUAAUAGGGAUGGCGGCAGGGUGGUUCCUCUUUAAAAUAAAUUGUAAAAUAAAUAUGAACAAGGCAAUUAUUGUAUCUGGCUGGACAUUAUCUAUAGCAACCAUGCUUAGUAUUGUUUAUGGGCUGUAUGGUAAUAUGUUCGGGCCCACGUUAUCGGUAAUGUAUACAGCAUUGUCACAUUCUGGUUGGGCCUUGUGCGUAUCCUGGGUCCUAAUAGCAUGCGUGACUGGCAACGGAGGUAUUGUCAAUACAUUUUUAUCCUGGAAAUACAUAUAUCCAAUAUCCAGACUGACUUAUUGCGCUUAUCUGGUACAUCCAGCAUUAAUGAGAGCUAUGAUACUAAGAGGUGAAAGUUCGUUUCAUCUGACACGUGGUUUAGUGGCAAUUUUAUUUUUCGGAGUUACUGUAUCCUCCUACGCAGUAUCCCUCGUUUUAAGUUUACUCUUCGAAGCGCCUAUGGUGUCGUUAUUAAGGAUCGUACAUCCUUUAAGACAAUGGAAAAGAGAUUGAUUGAUUAAUGCUAAAUAAUUAAUAUACUACACGCGUAUACUUUCUUACUGAAUAAUUAUACUAACUUACUAUAAGCUUCAAUUAAGAUGCAAAAUGGUUUUUCGAUAUGUGAUUAAUAUAUAGGUAUACCGAAUUACAUUUUCUUAGAUUAUAAGCGGUAUAGCGUGCAAGUGGUUGCAUAAUCUCUAGCGCAUGUAUAUACGUAUCUAUGUACAUAAUAACUCAUAAGCAGUGUCAAUCACAUCGUAAUAAGUCUGCAUAAUUAGAAUCACUUGACCGUGUAACUCGACUUAUGAAAUUUAUGUAAUUUUUUGUAUAAUUUUUUUUUAGAAUUAUCGUAAAAACAGAAGUGGCACUUGUCUGGGUUCGCGAAUAUUUUUUGGGACUUAACGUACCUGUUUACGAAAGGUAGUCACGGUGUUACGUGAUUAAUAAUUAAUUGUGCCUGUCUUCAUUAAAGAAUCUAAUUUAAGCACGUAACUCGAAGCAGGUAUUCGCUUUCAUACGAAUUUAUAUUUUGUAGACGUAGAACAUCCUGCUACCCCUUCUCUCACAAAAUUUCGUUUUCUCCAUUACAGUAUGUAAUUAGUGGGUACUUUUUUGGGGACGGAUGCGAAGGUAAAACGAGGUAUAGAAAAAAAAAAAAAAUAAAAAAAUAAAAAAAUAAAAAAA